AUGGGUAAGACUAAGACCUCUACUAAAGUACAAGAUUGUGUUCUCGAUGUUGAUAGCGUUGGUGACAUUCAAGUUGAGAAAGGUCCAUUGAGACCUUUCUUGGUCACUGAGCCACCAAAGAAUUUGAAAUCUAUCCGUACGAUGACUUCUAGUAAAGAACGUUUGGUUGUUAUUGCAUUGGCUGUUAUCGCAUCCGUUGUGAGACUUUGGAACCUUUCGGAUCCAAAUUCCGUUGUUUUCGAUGAAGUUCAUUUCGGUAAAUUCGCAGCUAAAUACAUUAAGGGUAUCUUCUUUACCGACGUCCAUCCUCCGUUAGCUAAGAUGCUUUUUGCUGGUAUUGGAUCAUUGGCUGGUUUCACCGGUGAUUUUGAAUUCAAGGAUAUUGGUCUUGCAUUCCCAGCUUCCACUCCAUACUUCGCUAUGAGAUUCUUCUCUGCGUUUCUAGGUUUGGCUACAGUGCUCUUGAUGUACUUCACCUUGCGUGCUUCUGGUAUCAGAAUUUGGAUUGCUUUCGUAGCUUCUUUGAUGUUCGCAUUGGAAAACUCUUUCGUUACCAUUUCUAGAUACAUUCUAUUGGACGCACCAUUGAUCUUCUUCAUUGCUGCUGCGGCUUACUCUUACAAGAAGUACGAAAUCCAUCCAAGUGAAUCCUUCAACUCUUACAAGGCUUUGUUGGCCACUGGUCUAUCCCUAGGUUUGGCCGUGUCCUCCAAAUGGGUUGGUUUAUUCACUAUUGCUUGGGUUGGUGCUUUAUCCCUUUUCAAACUAUGGUUUGACAUCGGUGAUUUGAAGAAACCUGUUCAAUCUACUUUGAGACAUACUGUGGUUAAGGCUACUUUGUUGUUAGCUGCUCCAGCGGCUUUGUACUUGUUCUUUUUCUACAUUCAUUUCCAAACUUUGAUCUACAACAGUGACGGUGCCGGGUUUUUCUCCUCAGCAUUCAGAAGCACUUUGAUCGGUAAUAAUAUCCCAAGCAAUAUUCCUUACGACGUCGGUGUGGGUUCUUCCGUUUCCAUUCGUCAUACGGGUACCAUGGGUGGUUAUCUACAUUCUCAUAAGCACAUUUACGAAACAGGUUCAAAGCAGCAACAGGUUACCUUAUAUUCUCAUUUGGAUGCUAACAACGAUUGGGUCAUUGAAUUGUAUGAUCAACCAGAAGUUAUUCCAGAAACUUUUGAAGGCUUGAAGGACGGUACCAAGAUUAGAUUGAGACACCGUUUAACCGAUAGAAGAUUGCACUCCCAUGAUCAUAAGCCUCCGGUUUCCGAGUCGUCCGAUUGGCAAAAGGAAGUCUCAGCUUACGGUGCUGAUAAUUUUACUGGUGAUGCUAACGAUGACUGGGUUAUUGAAAUCGAUCAUGAAGCUUCUGCUCCUGGCGAAGCUCAAGAAUACGUUAAGGCUUUGGACACUAAAUUCAGAUUGAGACAUGCUAUGACUGGUUGUAGAUUAUUCUCACAUGAAGUCAAAUUACCAAAAUGGGGUUUCGAACAACAAGAAGUGACUUGUGCUUCUUCUGGUGUACCAUCAUUGACUUUGUGGUACGUUGAACAUAACAGCAACCCACUUUUACCAGAAGAUGCUGCAAAAAUCUCAUACCAAACUCCAACUUUCUUGGAAAAAUUCAUUGAAUCUCAUCAAAGAAUGUGGCACAUCAACAAAAACUUGAAGGAGCACCAUGUCUACCAAUCUGACCCAGCUACCUGGCCUUUGUUAUUGCGUGGUAUUUCUUAUUGGUCACAAGAUCACAAGCAAAUUUAUCUAUUGGGUAAUGCUGUUGUGUGGUGGUCAGUUACUGCGUUUAUUGGUGUCUUCGUUUUGGUGAUUGUUGCUGAACUAUUGGCUUGGCAAUUGGGCAAGUCAAUCUUGCAAGAUAAGCAUGUCUUGAAUUUCCACAUCCAAACUUUCCAAUAUUUGCUAGGUUGGGGUCUUCAUUAUGCACCAUCCUUCUUGAUGGGUAGACAAUUAUUCCUACAUCAUUAUUUGCCAGCUUACUACUUCGGUAUUCUAGCGUUUGCCCAUGCACUAGAGAUUAUUGUUUCGUAUGUCUUCAAAAACAAGAAAACAGUUGGUUACGGAGUUGUUAUCACAUUCCUUGCUGCUGCUACUGCUUUCUUCUAUGUGUACAAGCCAUUGAUCUAUGGUUUGCCAUGGACUAGAGAUGUGUGCUAUAAGAGUCAAAAACUUGGUAGCAACUGGGAUUAUGGUUGUAACGGUUUCUUUGAAAAAUUGGAAGACUACGACAAUUACGUUACAGAAGUGUCUACCCAAGCCGUAGCACCUUCUAAGACUGCUGUUGCUGAUGCUGAUGCUGAUCCAACUAACGACCCUCUUGAGGGGCCACCACCAGAACAUGUGAAAUAUGAAGCUAAUGACAUCGAUCAAAUCUUAAAUGAUGAUAAACCUAAACGAUUCGUAGACGAAAAUGGUGUAGAAUUAUCUGAGGAAGAAUUUAGAGCUGUUCUUGAACAAGGUGGGAAAAUCCAAUCCGUUGAAAAACAGGUCAUCCAAGAUAAUUAG